AUGGCGGCGUUCACGGAGGAGGAGAGGGCGGUGGACGACGCGCUGGGCUACCCCAAGGCCUACGCCAGGCUCUGCCGCGCCGCCGGCAGCGGCGGCGGCGCGCUCGGCCUGCCCUACGCCCACGGCCCGCCCGGCGCCUUCCUCCCCUACGUCCUCCAGCCCCACGAGGCGCUGCGGGCCAAGGACCUGAACGAGACGUUCCCGGUGGUGGACGCGGAGGCGGCGCCCACCGCCAACCCGCGCGGCUUCGCCAACCUGCUCUGGAAGCAGCUCCACCACCUCGGCAACGCCGGCUUCGACCCGGCGCUCUUCCGCGUCGACGCAUACGGGAACGUCCUCUACCUCCACGCCGACGCCGCCUCGCCCCUCGCCUGGGACGUCCAUCACUGGUUCCCCUGCGCCAGGGGAGGGAGGACGGUCCCGAGCAACCUGCGGAUCAUGCAGCUGCAGGCGUCCAGGAAGAAGCACAACAAGCUCGAGUUCCUCGUCCCGUGGUGGGAUCUGCAGCUCGGAAUUUCCGUCAACCAGUUCCUCUCCAUCUUCGCCUCCAAGAACACCGACUUCAGGAACAGAGCAUUCGCGUUCCUCUUCGCCGAUGGGGCCAACGAGGAGCUGAGCUCGCUGCAGGCGGUGGAGGCGCACGCGUUCCCGCACCAUUUCGCCGACAUGAAGAAGAAACUAGGCCUCGCGCCUGCCGCCAUUGUCUCCGCCAGGGGCUCCGACAACUCGGUGCUCAAAUCCAUUGACGCCAACAGACCAGUGAGGUCCAAUUACCCUUUGAUCGCUGCAAAGAAGUUCUCCGGCGAAAAGGACGAGAACAUGGCGGCAGCCCACGGCCAUGGUGGUAACUCGAUGAUGAAAGAGAACAACAACCCAGAUGUCGACGGCUACAUCAGCAAUCCUUACUUGUCCAUAGCCAUGGCUAGGGACUCGCUGAGGCAGAGGGAAGAGGCGAAGAAGAAGCAAGCUGAGCUCACUGAACUGGAGAAGGAGGCGGCGGAGAUGCAGCAGAAGAAUGAGGAGGAGAGGGUAGCCAUCCAGGACCUGGAGGCCCAACUGAUCAAGAGGCGUCGGCGGGUAGAGAAGUGCCGUCGCUUGGCAGACGCCCAGGCCAACUACAAGACAGUGCUCGAGAAGAUGAUCAGAGACGCCAUGCACCAGAGUGUUGUGUACAAGGAACAGCUCAGGCUGAACCAGACUGCAACCAGUACUCUGAUGGCGAGACUGGAGGCCCAGAGAGCAAUGUGUGACUCAUCUGAAACCGAGCUCCGCAAGAAGUACCAGCACAGAGAUGAUCUGGAGAGGCAGGUGAAGCCAUUCAUUGAUCAAGCAAGGAAGAGGUACCGGGUCGACGAUGAAAUCCCAGAGGAAAGGCACUGUGAGAGUUUCAGGUACUUGCCAGAAAGAGUAUCGAGGAGCAGCCCUCUGAAACAGGAACUGAGGGUUUUCUUGGAGGAGGCUCAGAGGACUUCAGAUGCAUACAACAUUUCCCUGGACGGGGGAGAGAUUGGAGAAGGGACUUCAACAAUGAGUUAUGUCAACACUGAACAACCUUCCAAGGUCAUAAGCUUCCCAAGAAGGUCCAUCUCCACCGAUGAAAACAUGAGUUACACUGAAAGAGGAAGAGCGUCAGUAAGGGAAAAACUAGAACAAUCGGCGAUCAGAGAGCGGCGUCGUAGCAGGGGAAGGGAAAGAAAGGAGAGCAUGGUCUCAAGGGGUGUUGGUACACCUAUCAAGUCAAGAGAUGGUAAGGGCAAGGCAGCCAUGCUUGAGUCCGAGACCGAAAGAUCUCAUCAUGCAAGCCAGACAGUCUCAUUUCCAAGGACCCCCUCGGUUCCACCAAGUCCUCCAUAUAGAGCAACCGGCGUGUACGGGACGCCGAGGUACCACACAGAGCAGUCACUACCAGUGCAAAAGGAUGAUGAAAUGCUUCAUCCUCGACGUGUUGCCAGAGCAGAAGACAAUGAAAACAUGAACUACAGAGGCAAGGGACAUGUUGAUAAGUGGCUUCAUAUGCUCAUGGAGGACCAACAAGAAGAAGGAAAUGAAGUGGCAUACCGUUCCUCGGAAGAUCACAAUGCCGCCGAGGAGAACGGUUCGGAUGAUGAGCAGGAAAUCCAAAGUAGAAUCGGUGACGAAGACGAGAGCUGCAGGAAUGAGAUCACUGAAUGUGUUGAUGAGAUCACUGAAUGUGUUGACGCGAUCGUCGACGUUGGUGGUGAGGAUGCUGCUACUCACCAUGGCACCCCAAGAUGCAGGGAUAGCUUUGACAUCAAGGAGGAGAAAGUGGAAAGGAAGAUCUGGUUCCCGAGGUCGGACAGCGGUAGGGGUUUCCGGUCCCUCCCAUCCUCUCCUUCCAAGAUCCUGGGAAUGAGAAGAGGCUCAGACUGUGCAGGCAGGAAACCUAAGGUGGGUGGCGACGAUGAUCGUAGAUACGGCUAUGAGGAUUUGGUUUCUACGAGCAGCAGCAAGUUCCUCAGCAAAUGCAAGCAGGCGAUCAAGAAAGCGGUACACAAAUGA